AUGGAGUCAACCGUUGACCAGGCCCAAAGUCUCUUGGGCCUGCCCAGUGAGAUUGUGCUCGACAUUUAUCAGCAGCUCGAUGUAGGAAGUAUCUAUAAACUCUGUCUAGCAAGUCGAUAUUUCUAUGAGCUCUUCAUCAACAACAAGGCGACGGUGUUGUUACCGGUGAUGGCACGUGAAUUUAGUCCAUUUCACGAACUUCUUCAGAUUUACACAGCAUCAGCGGAUGACCUCAUUUGCACUCAAGGAGCCGCUUAUCAACCUCGUAAGGUUGUAUUCAAGCGCUUCCAAGGGGAUAUUGGAAUCCAGCUAGCACCGCCCCUGGCAUUGCCCAUGACCAACAUCGACCACAUCGCUCGUGGCUUCACUCAGAUCGGCAAAGCUGAUGUAGGGCCUCUAAAUCAGAAGACACAUGUAUUGAAAGAAUCGGACCUCGGUCCCAUUAUCAAGCAUUGUCAGCUCGUUCGCAAGUGGGAGGAAUUGUUUCCUCAGAUGCGAUGGUUCUACGAUCCUGAGCGAUGCCGUCUUCUGCGGCUACAUGAGAAGGAGCGGUUUCGCAAGGCUCUAUACCGCUGGUGGCUUUAUGGGAUUUACUUCCAUGGAGAUUUGCCUCGACCUCGAGUUGGCCUUCCAGAACCACAUGUUGAUGAUAUUCGGAUCAGCCAGAUGCGAUAUCAUUCGACCAGUGAUUUGUUAGAGUUAAUGGAUCUGGUGGAGACAAUGAAGGAUGUUGUUUUGCAUUACAUCUGCCCUCGUCUGGAUCCCAAUGAUCAACAUCACUCAUCUGAUCAGCCGGCUCUGAUUGACAGCGUUGACAGAGCGCAGUCAUUGACCGAUAGUUGGAUGGACCAAAGCCAUUGGAGUCGGAUAGUAAAGACUUAUGCCAAACUGGGGCCCAAAGAUCUCAUGUACUACUUUGAGAACAUUUACAAUUAUCCAAGGAAGCGGCUCAUCUCCGAGAUACGUCUCCGGCACCCCAACUUUACGUUCGAUCAAGAGUCGAUCCAGAUUGCCGUUCGUUGUGCACUGGAUGAGAGGCAGUGGCUUGACAAGGUCCCAAGUCUGGCCGAGGACAGCGCUGGGGGGAUCAUUGAUUUUGAUGACGAAAGGGACGAUGAGCGGCUGCUGUACGGCAAGGAUGGGAGCCCUGACGGAUUGCUUCCACCCGGCUCCAAAUUUGUUCGAUCACUCUCCCAGUAUUCUCCCCGGGGUGACGAUGGCUCGUGGCUCGAGGACCAGCAUGCUCAAACAUGGGCGGGCAGCCGGGUUGUCCCGCCCAGUCAGAUGGUUUUGUAA